AUGUUCAAAUUUAUUAUUUUUAUCAUUUCUAUUUUACAAUUAAAACUUAUAUCGACAUUCGAUGAUACAACGGAUGAUAUUGUAUCUCUUAAUAUCGAAGAUAAUGUAAUAGAUGGAAAAUUUGUAUCAUUUGCUAAAAUCAAUAUUCGUCUUUCAAGACAAUCAAAUAUUGAAUUAUUACCUUCACGUACUAUAUCAUCUUUACACUACGAACGAUUAAUUGAAGAAUCUCAAUUAAAUAUACAUUCAUAUUAUACAUUAAAAGUUCAUUUUAAACGUCGUUCAUUACAAGAUUAUGUUAUGACAUCAAUACCAAUGUGUCUUAUUUUACAAGCACAAUUUCAAUAUACUAUGAAUUUAUUUAUUAAUGAAAAUGGUUAUAUUGUUAGUGUAAAUAUUAUAACAAAUAAUUCAACAUGUAGUAUUUCGAAUACACCUAUAUUAGAAAAACAAACUGAUUGGAUAUAUAAAGUUCCUUUACAUUUACAUUUUAAUGAUCUUGGACCACAACCUGAAAUACAACAUUUUCUUGAAAAAAUUAGACGUGAAAGAGAAGCAAAAAACACACAAGAAAAUGAUAAUCGACCAUUUAUACUUAAAUAUUGGAAAUAUAUAUUACCAGUAGUAGUCAUUUUUCUUCUUCAAGGUGCUUUUGCAGAUCCUGGAGCUGCUGGUGGUGGCGGCGGUAGUGGACGAUAG